CAUUUUCUCACUUAGCUACAAACGCAUAACGAAACCAAAUACUAGUGCUAUGGAAAAUAAAUUAGCAAUAUUCUGAAGUAUUAUCUGGCGGGUUUGUCUGCAUGUGCUAAUGUGUACUAAUAUAUCUUUCUUAACACGAUGAAAAUCGCCAUUAUCGGUGCAGGGAAGGCAGGAUUGUGCGCUGGAAAACACUGUUUAAAAGAAAACAUCUCUUUUGAUAUCUUUGAACAAACUGGAAAUUUGGGAGGAACAUGGUUUUACACUGAUUUAGUAGGUCACGAUGAAAAUGGGGCACCAAUUCAUACUUCUAUGUACAAGGGUCUAAGAACGAACUUGCCGAAGGAAUUGAUGACCUUCGAGGAUUUUCCAUAUCCCAAACAAAUUCGUUCUUAUUUAUUACAAGAAGAAGUUCUAGAUUACGUUCGAAACUAUUCGAAAAAAUUCCACAUCAAUCCCCAUAUCAAAUACUUUAAGCGCGUGAUCUGGAUUGAGCGUCAAAAUUUUUUAUGGUCUGUUCAUUACGAAGAUGUUAAAAAUAAACAGAAAGAGAUGGAGCAUUACGACGCUGUUAUUAUUUGUAAUGGUCACUACAGCGAUCCCUUCAUUCCUGAUAUUCCAGGAAUUGAGAGUUUUUCAGGAAAAGUUAAACACAGUCACGAUUACAGAACACCUGAACCUUACGCAAAUAAAAAAGUUUUGAUCCUUGGUUCAGGUCCUUCAGGAUUAGAAAUUUCGCAGCAAAUUUCCAACGUGGCCACGAAAGUAUUCAUUAGUCACAGAUCGAAAGAUGCUCUACCAGUUUCUGAUGCUUUGUAUCAGAAAUGUUUAGUUAAAGAAUUCGUCGAAAACAGGGCAAUUUUUGAAGACGGCACGAGCGAAGAAAUUGAUGAUGUUGUCUUCUGCACUGGUUACAAUUACAAUUUUCCUUUUUUAUCAAAACGCUGCGGAGUCAAAAUUACCAAUAAUUACGUCCAUCCAUUGUAUAAACAAAUUAUUAGCAUCGAAAAUCCUACGUUAGCUUUUAUUGGGAUUCCAUUCAAAGCAUGUCCUUGUCCACUGUUCGACAUACAGGUUAGAUUCGUUUUGGCGUCACUUACUGGUCAUUUCAAACUACCAAAAAAAGAUGUAAUGUUAAAAGAACUAGUUGAGGAAGAAAAACGGAAACCUGGUCCACCUAGCUCACAAUACCAUCAACUGGGAGGAGCGCAAGGAAGUUAUUUUGAUAAUUUGGCCGAAACAGCAAAAAUAAGAAAAAUACCUCCGGUGAUACAAAAAUUGUAUCUGAGGGUUAUCAGUAACCGAAAUUUAAACGACUGUUUUAAAAUUAUCGAUGAUCACAAUUGGGUACAAAUAUAGUAAUAGAAACUACUUAAAAAAUAAAUUUUAGUCAAAAGCAAAGUUUAGUUGUAGCGGUACUGGAUGCAAAUAAAUCGGCACCUAAAUGCCAUUGUAUCAGCAUCGUGUUCCAGUGAAUGGAAAAUUAAUUCAAGAAAACAGCUCGAGUGCACAUUUCCGAGUUCGUAUUUCAAAUUAUCGCUGGAUCUGACAUGUACAACACCUGCUCGACGUGCUUAUAGAGAGCGGGUGCGAUACUCCCAUGGUGUUGUUGUCUCCUAGUUCGCACUCGAAACGAAUUGAAUGCACAUUUGCACAUCUCCAUGUCGUGACAUUCGCUUCGACUAAUCGAGUUUGCACUUUGGUGAAAACUCACUAUUUUGACAGCUUUGUUUGUCGAUAAGAGACGGUGGGAAAGACGUUGUUGCUUCUCCGCUCUUUUUGUCAAGAUACAACACCAAUGUAGCUAUGCAGGUGUAAAAUUACCGUUACUAAGUGAAGGUUAAUUAAAGAAACCUUUCUGAUCUCACAAUUCUUGACGAAAAAAUACUCCUGCAUGUUUGCCAUUGCUAAUUGCUUUAAGUCAAGUAAACGUCGGGUUCUUAAUCAGAUUUAAUUGUACACACAAUUAUUCCAAACAAAUAAACUAACACACUUUGGAACCACUUGGAUUGCUAUCAACAAAUUUGUAUCUAUUCUGCUUGAGAAGUCACGAUUUGGUACAUUUUUCUAAAGAUCAAUCUUCUGUUGCUCCUUACACAGACGUCAAGCAGUCUAUCCGUGCUUGUAAUUCAAACUGAAAAACUGAAGAAAAUAUUUUUUUUUCAAACUCAAAUCUAGAAAAUAUUUUUAUGCACGCUUUCUAUGUCUCAAGAAGAAUCCCUAGAGCAAGCUUUCCAUUUUUUUUAAAUUAUGACUAACUACUUCCAAAAACUCAAGAAAAUCGAUUUUUUUAAGGUCGCUCUAAAAAGGUUUUAUGCACUUCUCUAUGCCUCUAUAGGAUCCUUACUUAAAAAUGUCAAUAAGCUGCAUUUUAAAUUUUUCAUUUUUUCGUUUUUUUACUGAGAUUUUGGUCGAUUUUUUGUACCUAGGCAACGGCGCCGAUUACAAAGGUAUUUUUAGUUUUUAAAAAAAACACCUAUAGCUCGAAAACUAGAAGUGCCAGAACAAAAAGAUUAAAAAUUUAACACAUUUUGAGGCACAUUUUUGUUGUACGUUAUCCGAAUGGCGUAAUUAAUUUUUUAAGAAAGAUCUAUUAUUUCCGAACAAUUUUUGUACCGGUCUUGGUUUUGGAAUAAAAAAAUAAUUCAAAUCGAUAGCAAAAGAAUAUAAUUUUUUGAAUUUAAUAAUUUGUAAAAAUAAUAUCAGAAUAAAAAAUCAGUGCAAAAAGAAUGACAAAUACAUACAAUUGAAUUGUCUUAGCCUAUAAAAAUUGUACACAGUUACAAUUACCUAAUUUAAUUUUUCUUGAAUAGAAUUGUCGCAAAAACCGAUUCGAAAACGUUUGCGAUUGCAAGGAUUGUUUUUUUUUCAGUGAGUUAAUUUUUUGUGGGCUUUUUUACAGUUAGGCUUUUAUUUAUAAUAUGUAUAAGUUUUUUUUAAAUGAGUUUUUUUCUUUGUAGGUUUUUUCAGUCUGUUUUUUUCGUGUAUUUUUUGAUUGUAGUAAUAAAGCGAUCAGUAACAAAUUCAAUUUUGUUCAGUAAAAAAUAAUAAAUGAUCAGUAUUUAAUUAAUUUUUGCACAGUAAAAAUAAUAAACGAUCAGUAUUUUUGUACAGUAAAAAAUUUAAAAGAGUAGUAAACCACGCACUGUAUUUUAUUAAAAUUUUCCCUACAAAAAAAUCGUAUAUACACGGUAUCUAGUUUCAGUUUGCACAGUUUAAAUAAUAAACGCUCAGUAGCUACUCGUUGCUUCCAGGCUGGGGCUUCGCCCCAGCGACCUAGAAAAAAACAUACCCUCGAACGAUUAAACUCGAAAACGUAAAACUCGAAAUGUGGAAAUCUACACUCUCUAGUUUUGAGAUGCUAUUAUUUACUGUGCAUUUAUUAUUUCUACUGUACAAUUAUUAUUUUUACUGUGCAUGUAUUAUUUAUUUGACUGUGCAUUUAUUAUUUUUACUGAUGAAAAAUACUUGUCGUUUAAAUAAAAUACUGUGCAUUUAAUUUGUACCCUUUUUCAAUGUGAUCUUUAUUCCGUGUGGGUAUUUAUCUUGUGAGCUUUUUUUUGCGCAUUUUUAGUGUGGGAUUAUUUCAUGGAUUUCAUGAGUAUUAUACUAGAUUUUUAUAUUUAGAAUUUUAAAAGUUUAAACUUGGCCGAGAUUUUCAAUAAUUUUAAACGACUUUUUCUCAAAAACUAUUUAUUCUACAGCACUAUGUUUUAGAUCUAGAGCAUAUCUAGAAAAUCAUAUAUGAAAUGAUUUAGAGCUCGUCGAAAAUUUUUAAGAUUUUCGAUUCAAACAAACCUUCAAAAACUUUAAAAAAACAGUAUUAAUUAAAGUGGAUCCAAUAACGCCUUAUGCACGUUUCAAUGUCUUGGAACCCCUUAAAGCUCUUAAAAGUACAAGAAAACGCCAAUUGAUUUGGGUUUAACAAGUUUAAAAAGUUUAAAAAGUUUAAGAUUUUUUUAUUGACGAGAUUUUGUUUGAUUUUUUUCAAUAAUAAUAGUUUCUCUUGUAGGUGCUAAUAAUGUUGUUGUUUAUUCCAUAGAUACGAGUAAAGGUAGUAGUACAACUUUAAUAAUAGUAUUUUAUUAUACGAGUUUUAUAAGUCGUUCUAUUGUGCCACGAAUGAUUUUGGAGCACGACGAAGGAGUGCUCAAUUAGAAUGAGUGCCACAAUCAAGUCUUAUAAAACGAGUCUAAUAUACUAUUUAUUCGACUUUCUAGUUGUAUUGUUUGUUUUGUUGGUCGUGGUCGAAUUGGUUCCCAAUAAUCUUUAUAAGUAUAAUUCUGUAAAAGGUGAUGGUCGAAUUGGUUCCCGGGUGAUGGUCGAAUUGGCUUCCGCAUCAGCAGGUAGAUAAAAAGGAUUAGGCGAAAUAUAUGUUAAUAUUUUAGAUUUAAAGCUGGUAGAAAUGAUCAAAUAAUUAUUUUCUUGGCACAAAAUCCAACAACAAAUUUUAUUUAUUCAUGGCUAACUGGUUAUUUAAAAAAAAAGAGAAUGUAAUUUUUUAAGCCCAAUGCUCUCCUGUAAAUUUCGUAAAAUGUUUCGUCAAGUAAUGACUAUUCAGACAUCUCACACGAUGACGUUGCGUUCGUUAAUAUGUGUAUUAAUACUAUUAAAGCAUCAAAAUGGAGACAAAUUACAAAAAUAAUUUUAACAUUUUUCGACAUAGUACCCAUUAAGUUCUAUGCGCCUUCUCCAUCGUUUUGGAAGUACUUGAAUACUCAAAGAAAUAUUUAUCCACAGCCUUUAAAUUGUUAAAAUACGAUUUGUUUUUGAACGUUUUUGAACUUGUAAAUUUGUUCAUACACUUACAAACGCCAUUUCUGUGAUCAUAAUACUUUAAUCUGUUUAUCUGACCUACCUGACCGACGGGAACCAAUUCGACCAUCCUCGGGAACCAAUUCGACUAUAAUUAGAGAGGAUUACAGAAUUUGGGAACCAAUUCGACUCGUCCCGUUUUGUUUAAUUUUUAAUUAUCAAAAUCUGUUCAAAGUAAUUCCUCUUAAUUUUUAUAAUUAUUUGGGCUUUAUUCAAUAAACGACUUGACGCUGUUGACACACUAAAUUACAGUGAUGACUGAUGACACCCAGCCCAGCAGUGCCAAUACAACUCUUAAAAAUUUGCUAAAUGGAGUUGCACAAAUUUGUCUAGAGAAC